GACACUGUGCUCCCGUGGGUGAGGGUAAAGCGCGCGUCGCUGGUGACUCGAUCUGCGGAUAUUUCAUUCAUUGUCAAGCGAGUUUCCGACGCAUAUCUUCAGAAAGAUGCAUGUCUUGGGGGAAUCGAAUGGCGCGCGGUUGACGUCUCACGGUGCAAGCAACGAUGGCCACAUCCAACUCAUAGUCGGUCCCAUGUUUUCCGGAAAAACAACAGAGCUAAUCCGUCGCAUGCGACGGUAUGAUGUCUCAAAUCAUCGAUGUUACCUCAUAAAAUACGCUAAGGACGAUCGCUAUGAUGCGGAAAACGUAUCGACCCACGACCAAGCGAAAAUGACAGCUUCAGUGUGCUUGAGAUUGGCAGAUGUGGAGGCAGCAGCGUUGAAUUUCGACGUCAUCGGCGUUGACGAGGGCCAGUUCUUCCCAGAUGUGGUCUGCUUCGCCGAGAAGAUGGCCGGUCUCGGUAAAGUGGUGAUCGUCGCUGCCCUGGACGGCACCUAUCAGCGAGAAGGAUUCCCGAACAUCAUGAAAUUGCUGCCCCUCUCUGAAUCCAUCAUAAAACUGAUGGCCGUUUGUAUGGUUUGCUAUAGAGAAGCUGCGUUCACGAAAAGAAUCGGCAGCGAGACCGAGGUCGAGAUCAUCGGCGGCACGGACAAGUACAUGGCCGUCUGCAGGAAAUGCUACAACUCAUCCGAUCCGAAGUCUGCUCCCAAGUGAAGCGGCUAAAUCGAGCAUUUAAGAAGCCUUCGCGGAUUUCUUGCGUAAAUCUUGUAAACUUCCAUUUCGCAUUCAUAUGACAUCAGAAGACUACCGCCAAACCGAGAGGAAUUGCGCUUCCGAACCUCCGCUAACCCCCCUAACAUCGUUCCCGCCAAAUAUUGUGACCCUUACCUAGCGCUCUCAGACUCAGACUUCAACCGGCCUCGCCGGAAGUCGGACUACGAUCACCAAGAAUGAAUUACUAUGGAGCCUCGAGUGAUUGAGGAGGAUUUCUUCUCAAUAAAGAUAUACUCAGGGUUCG